CGUCACAUGCGGCGUUGACGUCAUCAGAUACGCCCUCUCUGUUGGCCAAAAACAUUUGUGUCCAGACGUUAGCGGUCCGGAGAGCCCAAUAACACUGAUUUUUUUAUUAUUAAGUCUUAUUCAUUAGCCGAUAAAGGUUUUUCGAAUAUGGUCUGUGGCGGAUUCACCUGUUCCAAAAAUGCACUUUGUUCCCUGAAUGUGGUUUAUAUGCUGGUUGGGCUGCUGCUGAUUGGAGUAGCAGCAUGGGGGAAGGGCUUUGGCUUGGUGUCGAGCAUCCACAUCAUCGGAGGGGUCAUCGCAGUGGGCUUCUUCCUGCUGCUCAUUGCUAUCGUUGGACUCGUCGGAGCAAUACACCAUCACCAAGUCAUGCUUUUCUUUUACAUGGUCAUUCUCUUCAUCGUUUUCCUGUUCCAAUUUGGAGUUUCCUGUUCCUGCUUGGCAAUGAACGGCGGGCAGCAGGAGGCCCUUCUGAACUCUGCUUGGGGAAUGUUGAACAACAAGACCAAGAUGGACCUGGAGAGCCAGCUGGACUGCUGUGGGCUGCUCAACCUCCCCGAAAGUCAGGCCCAGUUUGAUCAGGAUGUGGCUCACUGUACUGCUUCAUGCAAAAGUGAAAGCUGUCACACCUGCGGGGAGUUGAUGCUGACUCACGCAACAGUGGCUCUGAAGAUCCUCGGGGGCGUCGGGCUCUUCUUCAGCUUCACAGAGAUCCUGGGAGUGUGGCUCGCCGUGCGCUACAGGAACCAGAAGGAUCCACGGGCAAACCCAAGUGCCUUCCUAUAGUCUGUCCCGCGAACGCAGUGCAUCGCCGUAGAGGCCGUUUUCAGACACACUGGUACACAUAGAAUCAUGCACAUCUAGAGGCAGACACUCCCGACAUACAACACAACACCGCACCAACCACGACAACACAGAAUGGACGAGCGCACGCAGCACCUGACAAACACUGAGUAACAAAAACACACACACACACACACACCUUCACCUGAGACUGAACAACAACAACCUGUCCAGAAAUAUUGCCAGAGCUCCAGCUGGACGACCUGGAUACUUAUGUAUGAAAGGAUAACUUGUAAUACCAAGAAGUGUGACUUGUUGGUAUCGUGACCCAGCCUUGAUUUGAGUACCAGAUUUCUUGCUAGUUAAGGGAUGAGACAUCUCUGCAUGUGUCCUGCACAGACAAACCGCCUCUUUGUUGAUUUCUUUCCACACACCAACCAAAUGACUGUGCCCUGUCCAACAAAAUAAUGUGUAUGCACCUUGAGUUUUUUUUCCUUUAAUUUAGUGGCACCACAUAACAACAAAUAUAUUCCUCCGGUCAGUGCUAUCAGUGAUGUGUAGAACUGUAUACCCAGACAUGUCCAGUGGGAUGAGUUUGUUCAGCCCGGGGGGGGGGGGGGGGGGGGCACAUACUGGACAUGUGUUGUAAAGUAGUUUUAAAACUGUAUAUAAAUGUUCUUUUUCCAAUGCCACAAAUGCCGGGAUUUAACAGGAUUAGGAAGCGAGAAUAGAUGUUAGGUUAUGUAGUUGCUAGUCAUUCGGGUUCAAAGUAUUUAUGAACUGUAACUGAGCCAGCUAACUUUUAACAGUCUGAUAUAUUAGGAUGCCAGUGGACUGCAUCCUUGAUGUUGUACAUAAUCUUUUUAUAAAUCAUUCUCGAUGGGUUUGCCAUGUAGUUGCCCCUCUAGUUAGGAAGUUUGCCUGCAUAGUUGAGGUCUUUCAAGGCCGAAAUAAUCGACUCCUUCCUGUAUUUAAUAUGUUCCUUUGUGCCGCACAGUGACGUUGCUUAGUAUAGAUUCUGGUUGUAGAGAAGUGGAUUCAGGUACGUAUCAUUACUUCCUGCGUAACUGGAAGAAAUCACAAAAGUAAAAAAAAUAAAUAAAUGAAAAGUGCUAUUUGAUUUGAAAUAAUUAGGUAAAUUUGGACAAAGCUGAUUAUUGCAAACCCAAUUUUGUUUUUAAUAGUAUUAAUUGUGAAAAUGCGCUCUUGGUUGCAAUUUUUUUUUUUUUUUUUUUUAUAUAUAUUUUAAAAUAAUUUUUGUUCUCCGUUGCCAUCAGCUCUUUUUCGUUCAUCAGUGUUAAUUGCUUUGUAAAAAAACUAAAAAAAAUGUUAAAUAUUUUCAGGAUCUAUUUAAGUUUAGUUUAAGGAUGCACAUUAGGCUAAAGUUUUGUGUUUGUAGUUUUGAUGAUAUAAUUCCGAUGCCUAGCUCGAUGUUUGACAUUUCUUGUUGAUAAAUCACUGCUCAUGAAUUUUCUCUUUUUAAGAUGUGUUUUCUCUUUUUUGAAUUGCUCUGAACUUUAAGGACUAACACAAACUGUAAUUAUGUCUUACUUGAACCUGUCAACUUGGCUGAUAUGGAUUUCCUGCUGCUGAUUUGGAGUCAUUGCUGGUGUAAACAAAAUUUUGACAGAUCUUAAGCAUUGGUAUGCCAUAUAUUAAACCUCACUUUGAAUUUGUGUGCACUUGUUAUUCAAAUGUAUCUUUGGAUUUUUGAGACUUAAUUUUCGAAAUAAUAAAACCUGAAAUUGGAAA